GACUACAUUUUUUUUUAUUUAUUUAUUUUUAAUUCUGUGAUUACACUACUGCAGGAUGACACUUUUUUAAAGACUUUUUGAACAUUAACAGUGGCUAGAUUUUGGAGGUUACUAAAUUUCUUCUUAUUGGACUAACUUUAUUUUUUUCAUUUAAAAUGAACUUUUAAGUUCAUUUUGGUCUGUAUGUCAUUCAACAUGAUUCAUUGAACAACUGUAAAGUCUUUGUCGCACCAAAAAUACUAGAGGCUACUGAAAGCAGUACGUUUGUAAACUUGUGCCUGAAGCAUUUUAGAUAAAAUAUGUAAAACAAAAAUGCAAAGUACUUUUCCAUUACUUCCUUUCUGAUGAAAACAAGCAGAAGGUUGUUUGAACCACUGUGUCCAUGUGCUGUAAACCUGUCUGGUUUCUGACGUGCCCUCACACCAACCCAUGCAUGGAAACAGAAUAUUUUCUCACAGCUUACAGUUUAUUCUCCAUGGUAACAAUAAAACCCUGAAGGAGAUGUUCUCUGACAGACACCAGCAGUUCUGCUUCUUCGUGGGUGCGGCAGAUAAAACUUAGUGAUUCACAUGUGUAGCAGGUUAUAGCAUCUCUCCGCCCCAAGUUGGAAUGCUUUCCGCCCUGCAGACACAGAAACCUGUUGUGCACAAAAAUACACAAAUAAUUGUGUUUGUGCAUGUGUGGUCACAGCUGGGAGUGGUGAGAUGGUAAACUCGCCGGGAGAGAGCACCUCACCUCAGCUGGCAGCUUUUAGUAGACUGCUGGGAAGCGACAAGCGCUGAAGCUAACUGGACGGGAAUCUUCAUUUAGGAACGACUGAAGAAAGUGAAACCUUUGUGUGAAUGCAGUUUCGCAGACAUCAAAUACAUGAACAUGAGUGAAUACUUGAGAGAAGGCUUCAAUGGGUCCUCGGCCUCAGACCUACGGCUUCUUCUCUUGGGGAACAUCGGGUGCGGGAAGACGUCGUCAGGGGACACCAUCCUCGGCCAGCUCUCUCCCAGCAAUUCCGACUCCUCCAGGAUCUGCGCACAGCGGCAGGGCGUCACUGAGGGCAGGAGCGUGACCAUUGUGGAGGCGCCAAGAUGGUACUGGGUCGGAUCCAACAUAGAUGACGACAUCAAAAAGGAAACCGAGCGGGCCAUGACCUUGGUAGCACCGGGUCCACACGCUGUUCUGCUGCUGGUGCCCGUUUGCCAGUUCACUGAGAUAGAGGGUAGAGUUCCAGCAGAGCUGGAAAAGUUGUUUGGGACUGAAGUGCUGGAUCACACUCUGGUGUUACUGACAUGUGGAGACUAUUUGAUGGGGAAAUCGGCGGAGGAAUACCUGCAGAGAGAAGACCCAGGUCUGAGGCAGGUCAUCGAUCGCUGCGGAGGGAGGUACCACGUCUUCAACAACCGCCAGCGACAAGACAAACAGCAGGUUCAGGAACUGCUGGAGAAGAUCGAUGACAUGGUCCAAAGAAGCAGGGUAUUUUACAUGAAAACAGCCCAAGAGAGGGAGCUGGAGAAACGGGUACUGGAGCGAAAGCGAGAGCUGAUGGAAAGUUUCAAAGCUCAGAAGGAGGAGAAGAAAAAGCCUGUGGUGGUGAAGAGCGACCCAGACACAGGAGUCUCCGGCAGAGGAGAGGAAGCUAUCAGCACUGUGGAGAGGAAAAGAGAAUACAAAGACGAAGUAGAAGGACGAGUAGAUGAGACUAAAGUUUCUAGUGGGCUUUGUUCAUCUCCAGCACCUGAGCAGCCCUCAUACUCAGAGCCACAAGAAGACACGCAGUUUACCAGGACACCCAGUUUCAGACUGAAUGCAGAUGGAGCCAAACUCUCACAGAUCUCAGAGGCCAAAUCAAAGCCUAAAUUGAUCUCCACUUUUCAUCACAGAAUCAACAGCUUUGAAGAGAAUUCCCCUGAGACCGUCUCGCCUCCUCAUUCGCCUGUUUUCUCCUUCUCCUCAUACUCCACACAAACCUUCGCCGCCUCUCCUUCACCCAUAUCCAAGUCCUCGACACCUCCUUCGUCUCCGUCUCUGCCCUCAUCCACCCCUGAGGUUCGUCUGGUCUUGCUCGGUCUAUCCGGGUCAGGGAAGAGCGCAGCUGGCAACACCAUCCUGGGACAGGCAAUGUUUGAGUCCAAUUCAGAGAGCUUCACAGCAGCCACUCAGAAGUGCGAGAAGAAGAAGGCAAUGGUUGAUGGAAAAAGGGUGUCGGUGGUGGACACACCUGAUUGGUUCAACUCGGAACAGACUCCAGAUGAAGUAAGAGCUCAGAUCUCCUCAUGCAUUGCUCUGUCCAGCCCCGGUCCUCACGCCUUCCUUUUGUGCGUCCCACUGGACCAGCCGGCAAAGACCGAGCUGCAGGCCCUCUCGGCACUUGCGAAGGUUUUUGGCCCAGAGGCAGUGCAGAAGCACACUAUGGUCCUCUUCACAUAUGCAGAUCGACUGAGGGAAAGCGGCAAAGCAGGAGGCAAGAGCGUGGAGGAAUACAUCGCCAGCCAGAGGGGGGAUUUGGUAAAGCUGGUGGAAAAGUGCACAGACAGGUUUCACGUGAUGGAGAAGGGACAAGGUUGGAGGCAGAAAAAGAAUGUGGCAGAGCUGUUAGAGAAGGUGGAGCAGACGGUGAAGGAAGCUGGAGGACAGUGUUAUUCUAGUCCUGCUUUUCAAGAGGUGGAGGACAGAGUGAGGCAGAGACAGCUGGAGAUAGUGAGGGAAAAAAAGGGCAUAAAGCAAGAGACAGCACUACAAGCUGGGCAGCUCAGCCCCAUGAGGCAGCCUCUGGCACAAAUAAAUGAGGAGAUAACAGAGGAUGAGAUUGGGAACACAAGGGAUGAGGCAGAGAUGAGUGUAAGCAACACAAGCAUAGACAGCCUUCCGACUUUUACUCCUUCGACCAUGUCACCCACACUCCUCCGUUCUAUAAUGGAGAAACUACCCAAACUGUUGGCAAACAGCUCAGCUUGGGUAGGACAGGGAGCGAAACAGGUGAAGGAUAGUCCAGUGUGGGGAAAUGUUGGCAGUGGUGCCCAAAACUUCCAAAAGAUAGUGGUCGACAGUUCUGUGUGGGAAAAGAUGGGAGCUACUGCGGGUCAAAUAUCCAAAGCUGUGCGUAAAAGGGUUCCCCAGAAGUUUGUGGAUGGUUCUGAGUGGGUGGGAUCUGGGGCAAAAGCUGUGACUGCAAGUCCAAUGUGGGAAAAAAUGGGCUCAGGGGCCAAACUGGUCGCCAGUGGCUCAAAGCAUGUCGGAGCUGGGCUCGGAACCGGAGCAAAGAAACUGGCUAAGAGUCCCAUGUGGGGGAAGAUGGGUUCUGGUGCCAAAACUGGAGUUAAACUGGUGGCACAGAGUCCCGUAUGGGGGAAGAUGGGUUCUGAAGUCAAAUCAAGGGCCAAAAUGGUGAAAGAGAGUUCAGUCUGGGGAGAAAUGGGAAAUGCUGCCAAACAGGUGCCGAAGACGGUCAUCAUUGGUGCAAUCCUGGGUCUGGUUUUUGGUGUGAUUUUGGCAGGCGUGAUUGGUGGGGUUGUCGGGACAGCUGCUGGAUCUGGAGUUAGUGAGGUGGUCCGGCGCAAAUUCAGCAAGAAAAACACAUCAGAUGGAACAAGAAACAGUCAGAUAUCAGUGGACAACAGCAUCGAUGGCACAAAACUCAAGAAAACAGAAUAAAGGACUGGACUACUCAUGCUAAAUUUAUGACAAUGGAAAAUUAUCUAUUGGGAUCAUCAUCUUAUGAAAAAUUGCUUCAUCGAUUUUUCUGGCAUCUAUGCUUUUUCUCUUAUUAUAUUUCUGUACAGCUUUGUCCCAAUAUUUGUACAUAGUGAAAUCUGUGCAUUUUGGUAAUUAAAGUAGAUUGAUAUUCAGAUUUUUGUGUACAUAAAAAAAAUCACACAUUCAUUUAAAAUUAAGUUUACCUAAAAUGACUUGUUGAAAAUAAGUAUCUAAUUUUGAUCUUGACAGAAAUAGAAAACUUUUUUUUUAUUUUUGUGAGCAAAAUAAAAAUCUUAUAAUUAUUUA